AUGGAGGCGCAGGGCGCGGGGCGGCGCGCACGGCGGCUGCCGGUGACGAGGCGCAAGGCGGCGGGGACGGGACCCGGCGGCGGGCGGCCGGGCGGCGGCGGGCGGCGCGUGGACCGGGAGGGUCCUGCCUGGGCUGAGCGGGCCGCCGGCGGCUGGCGGCGGGGAGCGAAGGAGGAGACCGAAGGUAAGGUGAGGGAGGCCCAAAGGAAAAAAGACCUUGAACUGGCUGAGAAGAUCAAGCUUGUUGACGAGAAGUUAGCUUCAGUCACAAAGCUUGAGCAAGAAAAUGCUACUCUGAAAGCUAUUCUUGGGAAGAAAAAUGACCUGGAGGUCUUCCUGAGUGGCCUUGCCAAGAAGCUGUUUAUUAUGCUUGAAGAAUUUUGUCAAAACUUUGAAGAAGAGACUAGCCGACUGGAACCAAACCAUGACCCCGUCAAUUCUCCGAUUGACUUCUUCAAUCCCAAGUUCUAG